AUGGCUCCAGAGAAGAAGGCGGUAGAUGCCGUCACCGAGGGCGUCAAGAAGGUCGCCAUCGCCGGCGGGAAGAAGGAGAAGAAGAAGGGCGGGGCUGCUGGUGAUGCUCCCCAACGCCCUCUCGAGCUACAGCCCGCGCCGGAGUUUUUGCAGCGCCGUAUUGAGCUGUUCGACCGGCUCAAGAAGAAGUACGAUGAAGAGAUUGCGAAGAAGCCACGCGAGCGCAUCACCAUCACCAUGCCCGACGGCAGCAUUAGGGAGGGCACCUCUUGGGAAACCACCCCCGGCGAGAUCGCGAAGGGCAUCUCCAACAGUCUGUACAAGCGCACCGUCGUCGCGAGGCUAGACGGCGACCCGAACAAGCUGUGGGAUCUCGACAGGCCUCUCGAGGCCAACUGCAAGCUCGAGCUGCUAUCCUUCGAAGACGAGCAGGGUCAGAUGGUCUUCUGGCACUCCAGCGCCCAUAUUCUCGGUGAGGCCUGCGAAAGGCGUUUCGGUUGCUCGCUCUGCAUCGGUCCCCCGAUUGAGUCUGGUUUUUACUACGAGAUGGCGCUUCCUGAUGGUGGUGCUGUCCACGAGAGUGAUUGGAAGCCGAUUGAGACCUUGGUGGGCUCUAUUGUUAAGGAGAAGCAGAAGUUUGAGAGGCUUGAGCUGUCGAAGGAGGACCUCUUGGAGAUGUUCAACUACAACAAGUACAAGCAGCACAUCAUCAAGGACAAGAUUCCCGAUGGCACCUACACUACUGUCUAUCGAAACGGUCCCUUGAUCGAUCUUUGCCGAGGUCCCCACGUCCCCGACACCGGCCGUAUUGAGGCUUUCUCGAUCCUGAAGAACAGCGCCUCGUACUUCCUCGGAUCUCAAGAGAAUGACUCCCUUCAGAGGCUUUACGGCAUCAGCUUCCCCGACAAGAAGCGCAUGGCUGAGCACAAGAAGUUCCUUGAGGAGGCCGCGAAACGUGACCACAGGAAGAUAGGUCAGGACCAGGAGCUCUUCUUCUUCCACCCCCUUUCUCCCGGCAGUGCCUUCUGGCUACCUCAUGGUUCCCGAAUCUACAACACUCUCCAAUCGUAUAUCCGAGAGCAGUACUGGAAGCGGGGUUAUGAGGAGGUUCACACCCCGAACAUGUACAAUGCAGAUCUCUGGAGGCAAUCCGGUCACUGGGAUUACUACCAAGAUGAUAUGUUUGUUGUUGAUGUAGACAAGACCAAGUUCGCUCUCAAGCCUAUGAACUGCCCUGGUCACUGUCUUAUGUUCGGCCACCGCGAGCGAAGCCAUCGUGAACUCCCUAUCCGCUAUGCUGACUUUGGUGUCCUUCACCGAAACGAGGCCAGCGGUGCCUUGUCCGGUCUUACCCGAGUGAGGAGGUUCCAGCAAGAUGACGCCCACAUUUUCUGCCGAGAGGACCAAAUAAAGACCGAAAUGGACGGCCUCUUCGAUUUCCUCCAGGAGAUGUACGGCCUUCUUGGCUUCACCUUCAAGCUCAACCUCAGCACCCGGCCCGAGAAGUACCUCGGUGAGAUUGAGACCUGGAACCGAGCCGAGGCCAUGUUGAAGGAGUCUCUUGACGAGUGGAAGGUCAGAACCGGAGGUGUUUGGGAGCUCAACGAAGGUGACGGUGCUUUCUACGGCCCCAAGAUCGACGUCAAGGUCUUCGACUCGCUGAGACGAGAGUGGCAGGUCGCCACCUUCCAGCUUGAUUUCAUGAACCCUCAGUCCUUUAACCUCGAGUACGUUGUUGGAGAGGCCCCCGUGGCUAAGAAGGACCAGGAUCCUAAGCCUGCGGCAGCUCCCAAGCCCAAGGUCGAGGAGGCCCCGGCGGCCGACAAGGCUGACGGAGAGAAGACUGAUGGGGAAAAGCCUCAAGAGAAGGCCAAGGAGGUCGCCUACAGCCGUGAGAAGAACAUGCGCCCGGUCACUGCCGGCUGCGCUCGCCCUGUCAUGAUCCACAGGGCGAUGGCAGGCAGUAUUGAGCGGUUCACUGCUAUUCUCUGCGAGCAUUUCGGCGGCAAGUGGCCGUUCUGGCUCUCCCCCCGUCAGAUUAUUGUUAUCCCUGUUGGUAAGGGAUUCUUCGACUACGCCGAGGAGGUGCGAUCCAUCUUCCACAAGCAGCGCAUGUUUGUCGAUGUAGACACCAGCGGCAACACCCUGCAGAAGAAGAUUCGCUCGGCGCAGCUCGCGCAGUACAACUUCAUCUUUGUGGUCGGUGAUGAGGAGAUGCGUGGCCGCCAGGUGAAUGUCCGAUACCGAGACGACACCUCCACCCAGGACCGCGGCAAGCCCGUUCCUCUCGACGAGGCCAUUGAGAAGCUCGUCACCCUUCGGGACGAGAAGGGCAUGUAUAACCCUUUCCCGGCGGCGGCGAAGAAGGCGUAA